UUGUAUCCAUUAUAAAUAUCAGUCCACAUUCAUCAUCUCUCUUAACAAAACUUUUUUUUUUCAUCUUCACAAAAAGCUCUAACUAAAUUCCCCUGUGAAAGUUCAUCAAUGGCGGAGAAAUCAUUCAAAUAUGUGAUCGUCGGUGGCGGUGUUUCUGCUGGGUAUGCUGCUAGAGAAUUUGCAAAACAGGGAGUUAAUCCUGGGGAACUGGCUAUUAUUUCCAAAGAGGCAGUGGCUCCUUAUGAACGUCCUGCACUUAGCAAGGCAUACCUUUUUCCUGAAGGAGCUGCUAGACUCCCAGGGUUUCAUGUGUGUGUUGGAAGUGGAGGAGAGAGACAGCUUCCUGAGUGGUAUGCAGAGAAAGGCAUCUCGUUGAUCCUGAGUACUGAAAUAGUGAAAGCAGAUCUUGCUUCAAAGACUCUUGUUAGUGCAGCUGGGGAAUCUUUUAAAUAUCAAACACUUGUUAUUGCAACAGGAUCCACCGUUUUGAAGUUGUCAGAUUUUGGUGUACAAGGUGCUGAUUCCAAGAACAUCUUUUACUUGAGAGAAAUUGAUGAUGCUGAUCAACUUGUGGAAGCAUUAAAAGCUAAGAAAAAUGGUAAAGCUGUUAUUGUUGGGGGAGGGUACAUCGGUCUCGAGCUUAGUGCUGUACUGAGACUGAACAACAUUGAAGUCAAUAUGGUUUACCCAGAACCAUGGUGCAUGCCUCGGCUUUUCACAGAGGGGAUAGCUGCAUUCUAUGAAGGUUAUUAUCAAAACAAGGGAGUCAAUAUUAUCAAGGGUACAGUGGCUGUUGGGUUUGAUACCCAUCCAAAUGGAGAGGUGAAGGAAGUCAAACUUAAAGAUGGCAGAGUUUUGGAAGCUGACAUAGUAGUCGUAGGAGUUGGAGCAAAACCACUCACGACUCUGUUCAAAGGGCAAGUUGAAGAGGAGAAGGGUGGAAUUAAGACAGAUGCAUUCUUCAAAACAAGCGUACCUGAUGUAUAUGCUGUAGGUGAUGUUGCCACUUUUCCUUUGAAAAUGUACAAUGAGAUUAGAAGAGUUGAACAUGUUGAUCAUUCUCGCAAAUCUGCUGAGCAGGCUGUCAAGGCAAUAUUUGCCAGUGAGCAAGGGAAGUCUGUCGAUGAAUAUGACUACCUUCCAUACUUCUAUUCCCGUGCAUUCGAUUUGUCUUGGCAAUUCUACGGUGAUAAUGUGGGUGAAACAGUGCUCUUUGGGGACGCUGAUCCCAACUCUGCAACUCACAAGUUUGGACAAUACUGGAUCAAAGAUGGAAAGAUCAUUGGUGCAUUCCUCGAGAGUGGGUCACCUGAAGAGAACAAGGCAAUUGCUAAAGUUGCAAAAGUCCAACCCCCUGCUACCUUGGAUCAAUUGGCACAGGAGGGCAUCAGCUUUGCCUCAAAGAUCUAAUUUUUAUACCUAUUUUGGAUUUUAAAACAGCUCUUUGAAGUUUCUGCCUUAUUUACAAUGUUGUAAUCGUUUGACAUUUUUCGUGGCUGGUUGAUUGGUAAAAAUAUGAUGUUUCUUCAUCUGAGUUUAGUUGCAGAAGAUCACCCUGUAAGGCAUAUAUAUACAUACCUUAAGGUGUGACAUCUCUGUAAAUAAUGAAUGUUAGAAGCAAUGGUUUGUGAAA